AACAAGUUAAACCAAAAUAACAAUAACCCAAGACCAAGAACCACUACACAAUCCUAGCCUUAACUUAUUAAUUUAGUGCUCCAAAUUAAACUUUGCAUCAUCUCCAUGGCUGCCAUGAACUCCUCUAGUGUAUUGGCUUGUAGCUACGCCAUUUCGGGUGGCGCUUAGUUCCGAGCUCAGUUGGCAGCCACACUUUUUGGCACUGCAGCUGCUGCUUCUUCUGCCAAUGCUGGUGUCAUUGAAGAUUACCUUGAGAAGAGCAAGGCCAACAAGGAACUGAAUGACAAGAAAAGGUUAGCUACUAGUGGAGCAAAUUUUGCAAGAGCAUACACGGUGCAAUUUGGCACUUGCAAAUUCCCUGAGAACUUCACUGGUUGCCAAGAUCUUGCCAAGCAAAAGAAAGUGCCAUUCCUUUCUGAUGAUUUGGAGCUUGAAUGUGAAGGAAAGGACAAAUACAAGUGUGGUUCUAAUGUUUUCUGGAAAUGGUGAGACUGAAAGGAAUCAAGCUGGGCAACAAUUUCCGAUUCAGUUGUUGAUCUCUUUGAAAUAUGUACCAUACUUCUUCGAUCUCCUUCAAAAAAUUACUAAUUAAAAUGCUUUCUUUUUGCUACGUA